CGCUCAAACGCUGCGAUCCGAUCCAAGCCGCAGCUCAGUGACGCGUGGAACUUCGAACAGGCCGGACGCAAUGAGCUUCAGUGUGCGACUUAAUACUCCGGUCCGCCUGCUGGUGGACCUGGCCCUCCUGGCCCUGCUGCUGAUCCUUUCGGCGAACUUCAAGCGCUUCUGGUGGCCCACCACCCAGCGCGGCUUCUUCUGCAACGACGAGUCCUUAAUGUAUCCCUAUCGCGAGAGCACCGUCAGCCCCAUGUUGCUGCACUGGCUGGGCGUGCACCUGCCUCUGCUGUUCCUGAUCCUGCUAGAGGGCUUCCUAACCUGGCGCCGGGGUGGGAUCUCAGAGUGGCGUCACCUCUGGCCAAUCUGGAACACUGUUCGCUGGUUUCUCUACGGACAUGUAUUCAACAAUCUCCUCAAGAGCAUCGGAAAGCAGACCAUCGGCAGACUGAGACCACAUUUUUUCGCCGUAUGCCAGCCCGAGCUGCCGGAUGGCGGUAGCUGCUCGGAUGAGGCACAUCGUGGCGGUCUGGUCUAUCACGAGGACUACAGCUGUCGGCCAGAGCUCUCGGGUGCCACCGCGGAGAUGCUUACCAGCCUACAUGUGUCCUUCCCAAGCGGACAUUCCUCCAUGGCCUUCUACGGCCUGGUGUUCCUCGCCCUACACUUGCGUCACCGCCGCUGGCCCUUGACGGGCAGUCUUCUGGGGCCUGUCCUCCAGCUGGGAUGCCUCUGUGUGGCCUGGUUCGUGGCCAUCAGCCGUGUCAUGGACUACAAACACCAUUGGUCGGAUGUUGUGGCCGGGUCGCUGCUGGGUGCCGGCACAGCCUUUGUGGUCAUCCAGGCGGCUAAGCUCGAGGAGGAGGCACCACACAGCACCACCAAAGUGGCGGCAACAAAUGCGAAUGCAAAUGAGAAGGAGGCAGUGGCAGUCGGAGUGGGAGACGAUGCAGGAAGGAGCCAACAGCUGGCGCAUGAUUUGUGCCAGGUUACGUGUCAGAGCUCUAAUUAGUUGUGGUUUUGGGUUUAAGCUAUGCGAUUUCUAGUUGUUAAGUCAAAGCGACAGUUGUCAGUAAACUUAAAAGUUAUUUAAAAGAA